AUGGCUUUCGUCUUUGUGUAUUCUCUCCCCGAAUUUGGACCAUCCAGCCUGUGUUGUCCAUCCCUCAUAGCGAGCAAGCAGAACACAGUAACAACCUGCAGAUAUUUUAAACACUGCAAAUUCUUGUGUCUUUCAGGACCUAGAUUUCUCAUCACAUCCACGGGAGCCUUGUAUAUUUUAGACGUACAGAAUGAAGACGGACUGUACAACUACCGAUGUAUCACAAGGCACAGAUACACUGGAGAAACACGACAAAGCAACAGUGCAAGACUGUUUGUAUCAGAUCCAGCAAAUUCAGCUCCAUCUAUUCUAGAUGGGUUUGACCACCGUAAAGCCAUGGCAGGACAGCGAGUGGAGCUGCCUUGCAAAGCAUCAGGGCAUCCCUCACCAAAGUAUCGUUGGCUGAAGGACAAUGUUCCCUGGGAGCCUGACAGCAGGUUUCGGCAGACAGUUACAGGUCUACUGAUUGAGAACACGCGUCCCUCAGACUCAGGCAACUACGUCUGCGAGGUGUGGAACAACUAUGGGACUGCUGAGAUGAUAGGGCGACUGUAUGUAAAACAACCACUAAAAGCCACAAUUAGCCCACGGAAGGUAAAAAGCAGUGUUGGUAGUCAAGUGUCCUUGUCCUGCAGUGUGACGGGAACUGAGGACCAGGAGCUCUCCUGGUAUCAUAAUGGUGAAAUCAUCAACCCUGGUAACAAUUUCCGGAUCACUGGCGUCAACCGGGAGAACCUUAUUAUGGAUGGCAUGGCCAAGAGUGAUGGUGGAGCUUACCAGUGCUUUGUGCGCAAGGACAAGAUGUCUGCUCAAGACUAUGUUCAGGUGGUACUAGAAGAUGGAACUCCCAAAAUAAUUUCUGCCUUCAGUGAGAAAGUGGUGAGUCCGGGAGAGCCCGUCUCCCUUAUGUGCAAUGUGAAGGGGACUCCUCUGCCUACGAUCACUUGGACACUGGAUGAAGAUCCCAUUGUGAAGGACAGCAGUCAUCGUAUCAGCCAGAUUAUCACUUCUGAAGGCAACGUGGUCAGUUAUCUGAACGUCUCUAACACUCAGGUCCGAGAUGGUGGAGUUUAUCGCUGUACUGCCAACAACUCUGCUGGAGUCGUCCUGUACCAGGCUCGAAUAAACGUAAGAGGGCCAGCAAGCAUUCGACCAAUGAAGAACAUCACAGCAAUAGCUGGACGGGACACCUACAUCCACUGCCGUGUGAUCGGCUACCCUUAUUACUCCAUCAAGUGGUACAAGAACUCUAACCUGCUACCAUUUAACCAUCGCCAAGUGGCAUUUGAGAACAAUGGGACACUGAAGCUUUCAGAUGUGCAGAAGGAAGUAGAUGAGGGUGAAUACACAUGCAAUGUCCUCGUUCAACCCCAGCUGUCCACCAGCCAGAGUGUACAUGUGACAGUAAAAGUUCCGCCUUUCAUUCAGCCUUUUGAGUUCCCACGGUUCUCCAUUGGGCAGCGGGUCUUCAUUCCUUGCGUGGUGGUCUCUGGGGAUUUGCCCAUCACAAUCACCUGGCAGAAGGAUGGCAGGCCGAUCCCAGCCAGCCUUGGGGUGACGAUUGACAACAUCGACUUCACCAGCUCCUUAAGGAUUUCUAAUCUUUCACUGAUGCACAAUGGGAAUUAUACCUGUAUAGCUAGAAAUGAUGCAGCAGCUGUGGAACACCAAAGCCAAUUAAUCGUGAGAGUACCCCCCAGGUUUGUGGUUCAGCCCAGUGACCAGGAUGGGAUCUAUGGAAAAGCUGUCAUUCUCAACUGCUCGGCAGAGGGUUAUCCUGUUCCUACCAUUGUCUGGAAGUACUCAAAAGGUGCCGGGGUUCCUCAGUUCCAGCCGAUUGCAUUGAAUGGUCGCAUCCAGCUUCUCACAAAUGGCUCCUUGCUGAUUAAACAUGUGCUGGAAGAAGACAGUGGAUACUACCUCUGCAAGGUCAGCAAUGAUGUGGGAGCAGACGUCAGCAAGUCCAUGUACCUCACUGUUAAAA